GGUCACACCGAGCAGCUGAUUGUAGUCUGUCUUCUUCGCACCAUUUGCAUCGUCUACAAAAAAAAAAAAGAAAAACAAUUGCUUCCAUUGCGGGGCAGCAAAGUUGCGACCAAUAAUGGAGUCGCCAACAUUUUAUCCAGUGGCUAAGGAUUUUCAGGUCACAGGCAUUUCGAGGAGUGGACGCGUACGCAAAAAGUCAUCGAAGCUGUUGGACUUCGAGUCGCCGGAGGAGGUCGAGAAGAAGGCAAGACGCGGCCAGGGCAGGCCACCAGCCCGGUAUCCGGGUCGAGGUCGACCACCGAAUGCCCUCAGGGAGCGGGAGGCCGAACUGGAGCGGGCGCUCGAGCAAGAUAUGCUCUUCGAUGAUCACAAUCUAUCUGACUCAGAGUUACACAUACCCGCUCCAACAAUGGGCAUCGUACUGAUGAACUCCGACGAUGAGCUGGACAACCUGGUGCAGGAUCUGGUCGAUGGCGUCGAAGCGGAGGCCACCAACAACGAGUCCACCAUGCGCCAGAGCCUCUACAUGCGCGAGAAGACAAACUCCAGGAAGAUGCUCAAGGCGGGCAAGGUGGUCACCGGUAAGCCCUAUCGCAAGGACAAGGGAAAGACACGGUACACAGCCUACAGCCUGUGGGCGAGAGAGAUUCGCAAGCGAGACUUCCAGGAUCUGGACUUCUCCAAUGCCGCCCGACGCCUCAGCGAGCUGUGGGCAAAUGUUUCGAACAGGGAAAAGAUUGCCUGGCGACGAAAGGCCAAGGUUCAGUCCACAAAGGCUCGGGCACGCGAGAAAAAUGGUUUGCCGCCCCUGCCCACAGCCAGCAAUGGUGGCACAACAGCCGCCGAGCCACCAGCCCCCGAGGGGAACUUUAUGAACCGCGCAACGACAAGUCGCACGCGGAAACUGGCCGCCGAUCGUCUGGAGUCGGCGACACCGACGAUGCCAGCGACGACAGCGACUGGUGGACCGAGGCGCAACACCACCCGCAGCUGCCGUGGGCGUCGACCAUCGGCUACGAAUAGAUCUUCCGCGGGCAAGAAGCCAACGCCCGUGCUGCACUCACCCUCGGACACGGAGCUGUCGCCGGGAGCGGGCACGGGCACGGGCAGCCAGCGGGAAUAUCAGCUGCCAGCGGAGAAGUCAAACAUUGCGGCCAUCGAUGCGGCAGCGCACCUAAAGCUGCUCGGAGAGAGUCUCACGGUGAUUGGGGAGCGACUCAAGAAGCACAACGGGCACGUGGCGCUCUCGGGCAGCCUAUCCGUGCUGCUGGACAGCCUGCUCUGCUCCAUGGGGCCGCUACUCUGCAUGACCACGCAGAUACCGGGCCUCGAGAAUAAGCCACAGCUGCGCAAUAACCUAGCCAACACGCUGGAUAACAUUGCAUACGUGAUGCCAGGACUCUGAAUGCUAGGACAUCACACACACACACACACACACGCAACACGCUUCCAGCCAUAAAAGCUUCCAUAUGGAAGCGGGGGAUGGGUGGGAGGAGAUCUUCUGUUUCAAUUUGGACUGAGCUUCGAGGGAGCUUUGUGGCAUAACGGUGUCACAGUGUAUGCAUACAUACAUACAUACAUACAUACAUACAUACAUACAUACAUACAUACAUACAUAUUUAUGUACAUUAAGUAUUAGAUAAUUAGAUUUUAAGCUACAACAAAAAACAACUUGAAUAUGGAAUAUUAUAUGGAAUUCUCACAGCGCCUUCGUUUCUCUAACUUCCCUUUGCU